GUUUAUCUUUUUCUCUCCAUAUUGGAAAGAAAAAGAUAAACUCUGAACUAGUGCAGCCAGUUCAGCUAAAACGAGCAGACCCUCGGUCAUGCGCAAGGGACAACCAUUAGCACAAUUUUCAGCAGAGUAAAGCGGGGAGCACACACUUUUGCAUAAGCGCAUAACAAUAAGCAUAAGGAAAUUGAUUGGUUUAUUUUCUUAUGCAUACAUUUGUGGAUCAAUCAAUUUCUUUAUGUUUAUGGUUAUGCGCUUAUGCAAAAGUGUGUGCUCCCCGCUUAAAGCGAGGAACACACACUUUUCCAUAAGCGCGUAACCAUAAGUAUAAGGAAAUUGAUUGGUUCAUUUCGUUAGGCAUAUGUUUGUGGACCAAUCAAUUUCUUUAUGCUUAUAGCUAUGCGCUUAUGCAAAAGUGUGUGCUCCCCGCUUAAACCUACUGUACUUACUACUAUACUGUGCUAUUAGGAUCUAGGGUGCCCAAGUGCCACAAAAAAGAAAGAAAGAAAUAUGGCUGCCGGUUUUUUGCACGUAUUAGACACGCGAUGACAUAACCUCAACAGACAAUAAACAAAGCUAAUUUAAUUUUAAAUAUCAGCGGCAUUCCCUUCGAGAAAGGGAAGUAAUCACGAAAAUUGAAUCUUAUCUUGAUCGCAUUGACAAUGUCACAAUAUCCACCUAUCAACGUUCGCCUGGCGGUAAACAGAGUAGAUUUUAACCUGAUAACGAACGAGGAUGUCCAACCGCGACUCUAUACUCCCGGGGAAGAAAUAUCCAGUCAACCGGAUUUCUUAAGAGGUCACGGAACUUACGUCGAUGACGAAAAAACAUUGCGUGCGUCUGUCGCUGGAUUUAUGGAGAAGGUGAACAAACUUAUAUCCGUCAAACCUCUGAAGGCGCGUUACAACGGUGAAAUCGGGGAUCUUAUCGUGGGUAGGAUAACAGAGGUGCAACAAAAGCGUUGGAAAGUUGAUGUAAAUUCCAAACUUGACGCUGGUCUACUAUUGUCCAGUGUUAAUUUACCUGGUGGUGAAUUGAGAAGAAGAUCCGCAGAAGAUGAACAAACAAUGCGCAGAUAUUUACAAGAGGGAGAUCUGAUUUGUGCAGAGGUGCAGUCAAUCUUUAUUGAUGGUUCCCUCUCGUUGCACACGCGAGUCCUAAAGUAUGGCAAAUUGUCGCAAGGAAUAAUGUUGAAAGUACCACCGAUGCUGAUCCAACGUAAGAAGACGCAUUAUCAUAAUCUGGAAAAUGGUGCGACUUUAAUACUUGGUUACAAUGGCUACGUGUGGAUCGGUGCGAACAUUCAGAAUGUCGAUAAAUCCGAGGGCGGUUUCACCGAGGAUCUGUCGAGAAUUCCGCUGGAGAAUCGCGAGAGCCUGGAAACAAGUAGUCAGCAAGUGGUAGAGCUGAGAGACAUGGACGCAUGUUUCAACGCCUUCGAUAAAGACGGCGAUGGCUUGCUAUCCAUUUCGGAGUUCGAUCUUAUAUGCCGCGCAUUAUUUCGAAAUGAUCGCGGCAAGAUCUAUGGCCUCGAAGAGGACCAGCUACGUGAAGUGUAUUCGAUCUUUGAUUUCAAAGGCGAUGGCAUGAUUGAUAAGGAAGAAUUCGAGGUUUGCUGGAAUCGAUGGAUCAAAGUAUGCACGCGUCCCAAGAGCGCUUUUCUAAUCGUGGACGUGCAAAACGACUUUAUAACGGGUUCCCUGAAUAUAAAGCAAUGCGCCGCACAGCAUGAUGGUUCGGAAGUGAUCGAACCAAUUAAUCGAUUACUGGAAACCGUGCCGUUCGACGCAGUGUUUUACUCCCUGGACUGGCAUCCCGUUGAUCACGUGUCCUUUAUCGAUAAUUUGCACCUCAGGGAAAUAGAUAUCAGCAGCAGUGUCUCAAAGGAAGCGGCGCAAGUGUACGACACGGUGACGUUCCAAGGACCCCCAUUGUUGAAACAACGUUUGUGGCCGCGUCAUUGCGUGCAGGACUCGUGGGGAGCCGAACUUCACAAGGAUCUAAAGAUCAUUGACAAUGCAAUCAAGAUUUACAAGGGCACGAAUCCGGAGGUGGACUCGUACUCGGUGUUUUGGGACAACAAGAAGCUGACUGAGACCACGCUGUCGUCGCAGCUGCAGGAGAAGGACGCGACCGACAUCUACAUCUGUGGACUUGCCUACGACGUAUGCGUGGGUGCUACAGCGGUGGACGCGCUUACCAGUGGUUAUCGCACUAUACUUAUCGACGAUUGCAGCCGCGGCGUGGAUCUUGUCGACAUCGAAAAGACCAAGGCCACAGUAAUAGCCAGCAACGGCGUGAUAGUGAAUUCCAGUCAAGUGAAGGCGAUGGUGGAGGGAAGAGAUCGACGACCGGAGUUAGGCUAUAAGCUUGCUCUGGAAAUUAAACAUAAAUUGAGAUUUGAUGAUGAAUAAUUCUAGCAAACAGUGUCAUAAAUCUAGAAGCUUUACAGUGGUCAAUUCUAAUAUAAAAGAUAACAGAUAUAUCUUUCUUCUUAUUUUAAAACACAUUUCUUAGAGCUCUAAAUUUAUUAAAAAUGAAAAAAUGAAGAAAGAAAUAUAUAAAAAUAAAUUAUAAUGGAUGUUAUCUUAUUGAGCGUUAAAAUAGACAUUAAAAUGUAGGCAUUAAAUUUGUUGUUUUUAGAAAGAUUUUUUUAAAAGAUAAAAGUAUAUGUUAGAUUUAAGAUAUGUAAUUAGUGAUAUAGCAUUUAAGCUUUUUCAACUAGUGAAGAUGUAUAACACUUAUUCGAUUUGAACAUUUUAAUGGCUCAAAUAGAAAAAAAGAAAAUAUUCAUCUAAAUUUCAUAUAAAUCUAUUAAAAAUAUUUAUUGAAAAAUGCAAAUAUAUUUUUUUUAUUAGUAAUAAUUUAUUAGUGCAGGUUUAGAUGUAUAUAUUGUUAAUUAGAAAUAAAUAUAUAGCAAAGUUUAUAUAAUAGAUUCUUGAGGAUAUUUAUUGUAUUACAGAAAAAAAAAAUUUAAAAUAAAAAAUUAAAAUCUUCAAA